AUGAUUUCUAAGAGAAUAAUGAUAAAUGUGAUGGUGGUUUGCAUUGUUGCAAUGCUGGCAGAACAGACUGAGGGGUUCCUGACCUUUUUGAGCCCAAGAGAUUACCAAAAAAAGAUUGAAAAUUACAAAAGCAGAAUGAACCUCCAAAAGAGAUCUGAAGAAAAUAACUUACCAGAAGUGUCCAGUAUGGAAGAAAUGAAAGUAAUAAAGCUUUGUGUUCCUUUUGAAAUUGGGAUCAAGUUGAGUAGCAAACAAUUUCAGAAGUAUGGAGAACAUCUGGGUGAGCUCCUGCAAAACAUUUUGUCAGAAAACAAAAAUGGUCAAUGA